AUGCGAGUAUCAUUUGCUAUUCUCGCGAGCUUCUGGAUUCUCUCGGCAGAGAGCAAGUAUAUUGUGCCCGGAGGUAGAUGGCAUGAUACAAAUGGCUCGUUGAUCAAUGCACAUGGGUCCGGAAUCACCUUCGACCAGAAGUCCGGUCGUUUCUGGUGGUUUGGCGAGUACAAAACACAAGACCAGCCGGAAGGCGGAGGUGUGUCUGUUUAUAGCUCUGAAGAUCUGAGUACUUGGACUCCGGGGGGACUGGCGUUAGCUCCAAUUGAAGGACAUCAAUAUAUCUCGCCCAGUAACAUCAUCCAGAGGCCAAAAGUGGCCUACAGCUCCGAUACUGAUGACUAUCAUAUGUGGUGGCAUGCCGACAACUCAAAAUAUGGGCUUCUUUUGCAAGGUCAUGCAGUCUCUUCCAAGAUUGGUGGACCAUACAGCUUCGUCGAUGCAACUGCACCCCUUGGAAACUGGUCACAGGAUUUUGGGAUGUUUACUGACUACAAGGAUGGCCGGUCCUAUGCUCUCUACUCAAAUGGAGAUAGUGUAGAUGGACGAGAUGUAUACAUCUCAAGCAUUAAUGACAAUCUUACGGCCCUGGAAAAGACCGUGUAUCGAUUUCCAAAAUUCGAUCUCGAGGCGCCUUCUAUCAUGCAGACAGACAAAAGCUACUGGGCAUUCAUGAGCCACAAGACUGGAUACCGGCCUAACAAUGUGGUGGCAUUUCGAGCCGAUUCAUUGAGUGGGCCUUGGUCCCAGCCGUUCAUUGUUUCCCCAUUGAAUACGAGGACCUUCAACUCACAGUCGGGGUUUACACUCAGAAUCAAAGGAACAAAGAAGACUACAUACCUCUACAUUGGUGACCAAUGGGACUCCAACUCUGUCUGGGAUAGUCGCUAUAUUUGGUUGCCGAUUGAGGUUGACGAGAAACGCAAGAGCGUAUCUGUGGAGUGGCACGACGUUUACGAUCUUGAUGUCAAUACUGGAGAAUGGAAAGAGAUCAAGGGCAAGACUUACAGUGCAACAGAUGCGAAGACCCAAGGUGGUGCGUAUAAGCAGGAGGCUACACAGAUGAUAUGGGCUUUGGAGAUCAACGUAAUAGGGCUUCCCCGCAUUGGCCCUACUGCGCUAUCCCCAAUCGGUCAAGAAAAGUUCCUGGAGCUCGACCCUCUCUCUCUCUUCAACCCCACCCUCCCCAAGCAAUUGACAAUGGAGAAGCACGAUCUUGUGGAGUCGCCGCGCAAGCGCCAAAAGACCAGCGAUGCUGGCCCAGAGCAGAUUGUGGUUGCUGGCGACGGCGCCGCAGAUCUCCCGAUCACGGCCGCCGCGGCUUCAGACGCCCAAGGUGUCAAAGAAAUUGAAGUCGGAAUCACCGAGUUUGUGAGCUCUGACAAUCAGGGAUUCUCCGGUCUAUUGAAAAAGAGAUACACCGAUUUCAUGGUCAACGAGAUCACGACCGCCGGCGAAGUUGUUCACCUCCGCAACACGAACGCACCGAAUGCUGCCCCCAAGCCAAAGCCUGUCGAGAAGUCUCCUGAGACAGAAGUCAAAGCCACGGAGGUGACUGAGGAAUCUCAGCCAAAGGCCGAGCCGGCACCAGUCGAAUUCCAAGUGUCGGAGGAGGACCGCGCGCUGCUGGGCGAGUUCUUCGGCGCUGAGAAUGCCACUACAAUCAUUACCAUGCACAAGGAAGCAAUGGCUAAACCUAAGGCUCGGCCCAGCGAAUUUGGAAAGGUGACGGUUGCUAUCUCUGACCGCGAUGUGCGUACCAAGAUCCACCAGAACAUUCGUCGUAUCUUCAACUCCGAGAUCGACUCUACCACCGACCAGGAUGGCAAUAUGGCAAUUACCGCAGCGAACAACCGUUUCAAGCGUGCUCCGAAGCAGGCAGGACGCGGCGGCGAUGGCGCAGUUCGUGGUCAGGGACCCCGAACCAACUGGGAAGAACUUGGAGGACCCUACCUGCAUUUCACAAUCUACAAAGAGAACAAAGACACCAUGGAAGUCAUCUCUUUCAUUGCUCGUUCUCUGAAGAUGAACCCUAAGUCUUUCCAGUUUGCCGGAACCAAGGAUCGCCGCGGCGUUACCGCGCAGCGUGCUUGCGCCACCCGCGUUCUUGCUGAGCGACUUGCCAAGCUGAAUCCUACUCUUCGUAAUGCUACUCUUGGUGACUUUAAGUACAGCAAGCAGGGCCUGGACCUCGGAGAUCUGCAGGGCAACGAGUUCUUGAUCACUCUACGUGAGUCUGACAUUCCCGGUGUCAACCUCAGUGAUCCCGAAAGCGCAGUCGCCAAGGCCACCGAGGUCGUCGGCACCUCUCUGAAGAACCUCCGCGAGCGUGGAUACUUCAACUAUUAUGGUCUUCAGCGAUUCGGAACCUUCACUACUCGGACUGACACAAUCGGUGUCAAGAUUCUACAGUCAGAUUUCAAGGGUGCCUGCGAUGAUAUCUUGUCCUACAGCCCUCACGUUCUCGAGGCAGCAAAGCAGGGCGAUGCUUCAACGAUGAACAUCAGCAACGAUGACAAGGCUCGUGCUUUGGCCAUCCAUAUGUUUGAGACCAAGAUUGCGACCGGGGCCAACACCGCCACCAACGACAUCUUGUCGAAACUUCCGCGCAAAUUUUCCGCCGAAAGCAAUAUCAUCCGCCAUCUCUCUAACUCGCGUAAUGACUACUUGGGGGCUCUGCAAUCUAUUCCCCGCAACCUGCGGUUGAUGUACGUGCACGCAUACCAGUCCCUCGUCUGGAACUUUGCUGUCGGUGAGCGCUGGCGACUCUACGGCGAUAAGGUUGCGGAAGGUGAUCUUGUGAUUGUCCAAGAGCACCGUGACAAGGAAUCUGAGAUCCCUGAGGCCAAGGAGGAGACUGUUGAUGCAGACGGCGAGAUCAUUAUCGUUCCUCAAGGCGAGGACAGCGCCACUGCGGCUGAGGACAUGUUCACCCGCGCCCGGGCUCUGACUGCUGAAGAAGCAGCCAGCGGCAAAUACACUCUCUUUGACUUGGUUCUCCCCCAGCCUGGAUACGAUAUAAUCUAUCCCGCCAACCAGGUGAAGGACUUCUACAAAAGCUUCAUGGGCAGUGAGCAGGGCGGUAAAUUGGAUCCUUUCGAUAUGCGCCGCAAAUGGCGUGACGCCAGUCUGAGUGGCAGCUACCGCAAAAUCUUCAGCCGCAUGGGUGACGACUACUCGUUUGAUGUCAAGAUGUACUCCAAGGACGACCAGCAAUUCGUCCCAACUGACAUGGACAAGUUGAAGCAGCGGGAAGCCGAUGUCAACAUCGCCUCAGAUGAACAACCUGAUAAGCUGGCUAUCAUUCUGAAGUUCCAGCUGGGAUCCAGUCAAUAUGCCACCAUGGCUCUUCGCGAGUUGACCAAGGGCAAGAUGACUGCCUACAAGGCUGACUUCGGUGGCGGAAGAUAA